AAAAACAAGAGGCCAGCUGUAAAGAACGACUCGGGGAUGUACGCUCAAGAGAUGGAGGAAGCACUCUCAAAAAUCAGGCCUCACACUUCCUCCUCCCUUGCUCACCAAAAGAUCCCUGCCAAUCUCCUCACUGCUCUCGAGGAAACAUUUAAAGAGCAAAAUGCCGAACGCACACCCGCUGCAUACUUCGCUGGAUUAUUGACAACGCUGGAGAGCACAGUGCAAAAGGAGAAGGAGACAAAUUAUCUAUUAGGCGACGGCGACUUACUUCCCGCCGAACUCUACCUCCUAGCAUUGAUCGGUCCAUUCGUCCCUGCACCGGUAAUACGAGCUAGCCUAAGCAACCUGCUAUCCCUUACCUCUCCACUGUGGACACCUUUAAAUCCGCAUGCUCCUCCGCUUCGAUCUCAGCUCACUUGGUAUAAUGCCGUCCUACGUGCUCUGGACCGGACGCAACUCGAAACUCAGGCCGUUCGUCAAACAUUUGCCACCAUUCUCCAGCUUUGCUUGGAUCCAAGGCCGAAAGUGAGGAAACGUGCUGCAGAUAUCGUACGAGAUGUACUUGCAUCUCCACCUAGCCCAUUAUUGCGACAUCCAUAUUCGGAACGAGUUGGAGAAUGGAGCAUAAAUGCACUUUCAGAAGUCAAUUCGCUGAAGCAGAAGGGCAAGAAAAAUGCAAACACUGACGACGUUGUUAAUGCCGCCAUUCAUCUCCUUGCGUUCAUCCGUCCCGUCUUACCUUACCUCCCAUCAUCGUCACUACCUGCGAUAACGACCUCUUUAUUAUCGCUUCCUCGUUUAGGCAAUCCGUUCCUAUCUCAAUCCGCCUAUGGAGUUUUGUCAGACCUGCUUUCCAUCCCCGACGAUCCCGACAUGCCCCGAAAUAUCGAUACAUCGACGUCUGAUUUACUACAAGCCAUCCUGAGUUCUCCGCCGUUGAAAACGGAUAUUGGUCUCCUUCCGCCUUGGGUACAGGUCGUAGGGAAAGUCAUGCCGGUAUAUGCUUCCGUCGAUCCUGAAGCUUGUACAGCAGAGCUUCCACGCGUUUGGAAAACUAUCUUCGUUUUCCUCGAGUCUCCCGAUGCAACUACGCGUCGAGAGACUGCGGAAGCGCUGACACGCCUUACACAGUGCAUAUCUCCGCAAUUUAUUGAAGCAUCGCUCGGGAAUGAGAAAGCUGCACUUACUCAAAUCAUUACACAGCUGAGCAAGGCGCUUGACUCAAUAGCGUUUGUACGAGCGAUUCCAGAAUUGCUCAAUACGGUGUCCGCUCUCAUCUUUGCACUACGUUACCGUCCGAGUGGACGAGGGUCACCGACAGCAGCAGAACGUCUUCUCAUGUCGCUUCUCCGGAAAAUUGCGGAUAUGCGUGUGAAGAAGGGAUUCGAGCAUAAGGAAGCCGCUGACGAUGUGCUACAAACAGCUAUGACUGUGAUUGGCCCAGAGGCUCUCCUCGCUGCUCUUCCUCUGAACCUCGAACCAGAUGAUCGAGCUACCGGUCGUGAACCGCGGGCCUUCCUGCUCCCACUCCUCGUCCAACUGCACCCAUCCCCGUUACGCCACUUCAUCUCGUACUUUGUUCCACUCACAGAGCGCAUGUUCGACCUGCAACAGCGUGCGGAUGCAGAGGACCGUGCUGCAGAAGCGAAGGUAUGGAGCGUCCUGGUCUCGCAAGUCUGGAAUGGUUUACCUGCGUAUUGCCAUCAAACACCGGACCUUAGAGAGUCUUUGACACCUCAAUUUGCACAAAUGCUAUCACAGCUUUUAUAUAACCAACCCGAACUCCGUCCGCCAGUUCUCAAGGCACUCAAAGUCAUCGUCGAGAGUAAUACUCGAGCGAGUGAAGGGACCGCAGGCGAUGACUCUCUUUCCACAGAGGAAGCGGAACAAAACCUUGCAUUCCUUAAAUCCCAGGCAGAAAGCUGGUUCGCCGUGCUCUUUAAUGUCUUUAGCUCCGUAGGACGCAACGAGCAUGCCAUGGUAGGCGACGUGAUUAGUGCCUGGGCAGCUAUAACGGAUGAGAAGGCAAUGUCGAAGACCUGUCGAAAAGUCGUCGACAUGUUCAAGGCCAAUCUCGUGAAGCUUCCUAAGGCAACUGGCUCCGGUUCAAACACGCACUUAAAUGCAAGCGAGGAUCAACGUAGCACUGUAGCCACGAUGCAAGACAUCCUUGUCCUGCUCGUACCUUACCUUUCGCAGAAGGACACGCGAACUGUCUUUGAAUUAUGCCUUAGCCCGGAGGUCCUGAAGCACAAAGACAACGGAGUGCAGAAGCGUGCAUACAAGCUUCUGAGCAAAAUUACGAGUGCUGGUAAAAUUGAGAUUGACGCAGAAAGCCUGUUCGCGAAGAUGGACGAAGUUGCGGAAGAUACGUUAUCUGCGGCGAAAAAGGACCGCCUUACUUUCCUCAAAGCUCUCCUUCCAGCCCUUCCAUCCAACGCCUUGCACGUCAUACCAGCGAUCAUUCCCGAAGCCGUACUAGGUACGAAGGAGCCGUCUGAGAAGGCCCGACUAGCUGCAUUCGGCUUGAUAGUCGCAAUGGCCUAUAAGAUGAAGGAAGGCGGUGUGGUAAAGCACGCAAAGCUCAAUGGCAUGGAUGAGGACGACCUUACUGAAGCGCCUGCGAGCCUGGACGAGUACCUCACGAUGCUUGCCGGUGGUCUCGCUGGAGCGAGUCCUCAUAUGAUUAGUGCAAGCGUCACUGCUAUUUCGCGUUUGAUCUUCGAGUUCAAAGAUGAUAUCUCUCAGGAAAUGCAUAACGAAAUCUUCCUGACGUUCCUUGAAUAUCUCAGAUCCGCGAACCGCGAAAUUGUCAAGUCGACGUUUGGCUUCGUGAAGCUGUUCAUUCACACUCGUCCUCUCGAUUCCCUCCUUCCACAUCUCGACGCACUCGUUCCAGUGCUGCUUCGCUGGUCGCAUGACCACAAGAAUCACUUCAAGGAGAAAGUGCGACAUAUUUUCGAGCGUCUUAUAAGACGAUGUGGCUGGGACGCAGUUUAUGCGGCGGGUGGAGGAGGGAGGGAUGAGGAAGCAGCGAAGGUUCUGACAGCCAUCAAGAAGCGAAAGGACCGUGUCAAGCGUAGAAAGGCCGCCCGUCGCGCAGCAGGGGAAGAAAGUGAUGACGAGGAAGCCGCUCCAGUGCGUGCCGUCGCGGAGGAUGCGUUUGAAGAUGUCUUAUAUGGCAGUGAGAGCGACGGUGAUGCCAGUGAUGAUGAGUUACAUGCAAACGUGGAACAGAAAAAGGGAGCAAAGGCCAAUAAUAGAGGUGCCCGACUACGGGUUGACGACGAUGAGCCGAUGGAUCUCUUGCACGGGGCCAGUACACGCGUCACGAACGUGCGAAAGGCAGGCCGCAAACCCGGUGCAGACGUAUCAAAGUUCAAAACGGAUGGGAACACAGGCAAAAUGGUCAUUGAAUCCGACUCGGAUAAUGAUGCCGAACGAAUUGAUGAAGAUGCUAGAAUGGCUGGAGCAGCAUAUCGCGAGACGCUCACUUCGGUAGAUGGCUUCACGCGUGACCAACGUGGGCGUGUCAAGUUCCACAAGGAUACGAAGAAGCGCAGAAGAGACGCAGAGGAUGGAGAGGAGAAUGAGGAUGUUGAGAUGGUAGAUGUCAGCGCAGCGGUAGAUGCAGGGAAAAACAAGAAAGCGAAGCGAAGAAAGCCUGUCAAAGUCGGACAAGAAUUCAAGUCGAAGCGUGCUGGUGGUGAUGUCAAGAAGGGCGGAAUGGAUCCAUAUGCUUAUCUCCCGCUUUCUCAAGCCGCUAAAGUGGGAAAGGGCAAAGGAAGCCAUAAAGUGACGGUCACUGGCAGACGCUAA